CGAGCGCGCGAGCCUUCUGUCCUUGGCGCGGGUGCGCGCCUGCGCGCGCUGGCCCAGAAGGGGGUGUGUCGGCGAACCCGGGAGAAGCGAAGGCGGCGGCGGCGGCGGCGGCGGCAGGAGGGGGGAAGGGAGCCCGAUAAUGGCGGCCAGGAGAAGAGAACGCCGCGGCGCCUCUGAGGUAAAUGUUUGACACAUUCGGGCCUCGGCGCCGAGUCCUGGCACGGGAGCGGCGCCCGGAGCUCCGAGGACGCUCCGCGACAGGCCCUAGAGGCCGAGCCAGGAGCCCUGGCCGUCCCAGGGGCCUGGGCCCGAGGGAGCCCCAAGCUAGCGUCCCUGGCCUUGGGCGCUCGGAGCAGGCAGCUCGACGUCCGGCAGGCUUCGUAGCUCCCUUCAGACGCCUUCGUGGUGUCCUGGGAAGGCAGUCGUGGGAAAUUGCGGAAGUGUUCGCGUGUCCGGAGCUCCGGUUUACACGUUACGUGACGAAUACCCGGGUUGGCUUUCCAGGGGCUGGGCGGGGAGGGAGCCCGAAACAAGCUGUUCUAGCCUGGCCUUCUGUCGCUUUAAGGGAGGUGGGGUAUCAGCAGGUGAGCUUUCUUUUUUUUAAUGAUACGGAAGUAAACACGGCCACCUGCUCAGUGCUGCAGGUCUAGCGGCGGUGACAUCCCUGGUUGACCACCGGCUGUCAACUCCGUAGGUCUGUCACCAACUUUUUUGCAUCGGGCGGGGGGAGGGUGCUGCUUUUGUCUCCUAAUCAGCUGCUGCUUUUGCGGCUAUUGCCAGGUGAUAAUUCUGCUGGAAAGCUUUGCCUGCUGGUUUCUCUGGAGCAAGUGACUGUUAAAGGCGCAGGAGCAGGCCAGGCCGGGUGCUGUCUUUCUUUCCUUCCUUCCAGGUGAUUUUAUAUCUAUAGGGGCACCCAUCCGCUCCCAAAGCAGUCCUCAUUUUCUUAUCAUUAUGCCUGUGUGAAGAAUGUGUUUUGCAAACAAGUAUUUUGUGCUAUUUGCAAGUUGAUUGAAAACACUGACAUGGCAAACGAGGCUGCAGCUAUAUGGGUUGGAUCCAGACUUUGUCAUACGUAGAGUAGCUUUAUGGGGGCUUGAAUUAGUCGUGGAUCUAGCCCUGUGCACACUAACCUGUUGAAUAGAAUCAGACUGCUGCAGGUGAGCUGCAGUGUCAUCUCUGUAUAUCUUCCAACUUCUGCAAGAGAAAUCUGGGUGCCUGUAUCUUUUAAUGGUUAUGCAGGGAUGGUGUAAGCUGGCCUUCCCAAUCUGAUGCUUCAGACAUCCAACUCCCCGUCAGCCCCAGCAACCAUGGCUAGUAGUCAAAAGGGAUGAUAGGAUCUGUAGUACAAAGUAUCUGGAGGACACCAGGCUGCGAAAGAGUGAUGUAAGAUAUACGGCUUGCAGUUCUCCUUCUGCAUAACUAAUCAAAGGGAUGGAACCGCGACCUCGUUCUGCUGAAUUAUUUCACUGGUUAAAACAGGGAUAUGCUCAAUUUAGAUUAUAUGGAAGAGCUGCCUUUCAGUGAAUGGUAAAAGUAUGCUGCUUUUCACAGUGAUGUGUUAGAGAUUCAUGAAAGGAUUUUGGAAAAUCCUUGCCUUGGGAGUAUUCCUUUUCAUAACAUGUAGGAAACAUGUAAUCUUUAAAACUCGGUAUUUGGUACUGGAGUUUCCAGAAGCUACUAAAGUAUUUAUUCCUAACAAAGGAAGCUGAUAUUUUUACCAGCUAAAUAGGCAUACUUGGAGAAAGCAUGCACAUUAGAUACACAGCAAUGUCUAGUAUACAUAAACAAAGCGACACUUGGGGAAUGGAGAUAGGGGGAAAUCUAGCUGAUAGGGAGCUUAGAGAGUUGGAGCAAAACCAAAUUGGUAUGUGUAGUUCAGUGGACCCAGAAUUCUGUGUUUUGUAGCAGGAGCCUCUGGCCUACAGGCCAUCCGUGGCCUUCCAGGGAGUCCAGUUUGCCCCAUGAGGCCAUUUCCCCCAAACCACACUCACUUUUCAAUCAGCUGACAUCACUGGGUGACGUAGGCAAGGGGUCAAGGUUCAGUCCUCAGUCCUGCUGAACACGAUCCCUGCAGGGAACGUGCUGAGGAAGCAGAUCCCUGCAGAGAAUAGUACUGAACUCUCUGCUGUCAGCUGAUGAGCAGAGAGUUCAGUCCUUCAGGGCGCUGCUUUAACAUAUUCCCUGCGGAGAGCAUGCUGGUGAAACAGAACCACCACCCCUGCCCCAUGGGUCAACUUUGACAGGGUGGGCAGGAGCACCUACCUUCUAGGCAUCUGAUGGUUGGUGUGAUGCAUCAUUGCAGAUGAUUGACAAGUGAGUGGCUCCCACCACCUGUCAAAGUUUGCCUCCACAGUUGGAGGAGAUAAAGAUUUGGCCCACUGGGGCAAAAUGUUUCCUACUCUUGUUUUAUAAAUUUCCAAGGAUUACCUACAGAUUAUCUAAUAAAGCACCUCCUCGUCAACAAUCUUGUACCUGCCACAUGCUUUUGACAGUUGUUUCUCCUACUGUAAAAACUAAAAUGCCCCUUCCCAAAGAUCAUACCCCUGGAUGGGCGGGGUACAAAUAAAUUAUUAUUAUUAUUAUUACUCUUGUCCAAACCAUGGCAUCAUAGAAAAUAUUUGGCAUGUGUCCCACGCUAUGUGGGAGUUCUGUCUUUGGUUUAAUAUCUGUUUUGUAGUUUCUUGUAUAUUUAUAUGUUCAUCUUCAAUAUUGAAAUGUUUUGUUUCUGAAGAGCAGCUGCCAGUCUGUAGUUAAAAUAACAAAAGAUUGGUGCAAAGUCCUGUCCCAUCUUAAAUACUAACAGAUGUUUAGAAGUGGGGUGGGUUAUAUAGAUAUUCCUAAGAAAAAUAUGUGUGGUCUGAAAUUACUAUAUCAACAAAUAGAUACAGCCACCACACAGUAGCACAGAAAUGAACUGAGAAGUGAGGUCCACAAUUGGGGUAGAGUGUAUAUUUAUAGCAUUGGGAUGGCAGUGAUGGGGCAUAAGCAUUGACAGGACAUCUAUCAGCCAGAAAUUUCUUAGUUGUGCUUGGCUUUUUGUUCUUAUAGAUACCUUGACCUUGAAGAUGGUGAGUAGCCAGCCAAAGUACGAUCUAAUACGGGAGGUUGGUCGUGGCAGCUAUGGUGUGGUGUAUGAAGCAGUAGUGAGGAAAACCUCUGCACGUGUUGCGGUGAAAAAGAUUCGGUGCCAUGCUCCAGAGAAUGUAGAGCUUGCCCUGCGUGAAUUCUGGGCACUUAGCAGCAUCAAGAGCCAACACCCAAAUGUUAUUCACUUGGAGGAAUGCGUUUUGCAAAAAGAUGGCAUGGUGCAGAAGAUGUCCCACGGCUCCAGCUCUUCGCUUUAUUUGCAGGUAAAUGAAGUUGCAGGUAGUGGAAGAAACACAGUGGGUUAGAAGUAAAGGGAAACAGAAAGGACAACAAAGACACAGAUGCCAGAAGUGUGCAUACUACAGUGUUCUUUAGAAGAGUGUUUGCUUUUCUGUUUUUACUACAGUUAGACACUUUUCCUGAAGCAGAAACUUAGGGAAAGCACACAAAACAGUUGUACACAAAGCUGUCAUUGAAUUUCACUCAUCGCGGUGCCCCGAUGCACCAGAAGCAGUUUAGUCAUGUUGGCCACAUGACCUGGAAAGCUGUCUGCGGACAAACACUGGCUCCCAUGGCCUGAAGUGAGAUGACCUCUGCACCCCAUAGUCUAGUUUGACUGGACUUAACCGUCCAGGGAUCCUUUACCUGCAUGAGAUUGUAAAUACAACUGAUUUUUCUAAACUUUGGCUGUGCUUGAAAGAGAAGUGAGAUAUAGGAAACUGCUGUCCCACUGUCCAAAAGUAAUAGGUCGCCCAACAGACUUAAAUGACAGCCAUGCCAACACAACAUUAAAUAACAUUAUUUCUGCAUGGCAGGAAUGUUAGUGGUAUUAUAGUGAUAAGUACUGUUGGGAUCAUCCUGGGAAAAGAAGCAUUAAUAACCCUUUUAAUAAUUUUGUAUCUGCUUCACAAAGUCAUCACUGUAUUAGGCAAUGUUAUGAUCAAAUCAUCUCUAAUGAAAUACAUUUUUCCAAGCCUUGAAUGCAUAUUGCAUUAUUUCCAAAGGGUUGUGUUGUCUAACAGCACUAUAACAACAAAAUAAAAAAUAAAAAGCCAGUCAAAGAAUAAAUUAAUCAUCUUUUAAAAGUCUUUCUAUAGGCUAAAUCAUUGUUCUAAUGUUAAUUCUUAUUAGCUUCUUCCCACUUGAUAUUCUAAAGAAGGAAAAACAGUUUUUUUAAAGGAUAGCAGAACAAGCUUUGUGUCAAGCAGAUUGUGAAAACAGCUGCUCAGCAAUCUGCAUUUCAUGCAGUAAAAUAAGCAGUAAAAAAAUAACUUUGAGAGCAAAAGCAAAGGCCUCUAAUUUUUUUGUAGUUGUGCAUUUUUUUUGUUCUGUUAGGUUGGUCUGAUGGCAUUCAUUCAUGCAGAUGGAAGGGAAAGUGUGUAUCGGUGUCCCACUAGAUACAUAUUCCAUUAAUCCAGAGUCAGUAAUGCUCAUAAUAGUACUCAUAAUGGAAUACUGUAGCUUCAUUCACACAGUACACUAAACCAUAUCAAAGGAAACUUAACUUUGGUUUGUUGUCAUGUUUGUUGGUUCACACUAUUGCUUUAAUCAGCCAGCAAGCCAGAAAUGGAAACCAUCCUUUGAAGUGGGUUUACAAGCCAUAGUUCCAGCUGAGACUAGAGGUCCCCUGCGCUGUAGUGUCCCCUGCGCUGUAGAAAGGAAUGCUGAGCAGAUAGAAAAUAAAAGCAGACAAGCAGCUCCAAACCAUGAUAUGUCCGCAUGUUUGGAAGUUCAAACCACGAGUUUGUACUAUGGUUUAGAAUUAAGUCUGUCCUUCCAUGGAAAAUGUUGGUUGAAUGGGUGAGAUGAUUCCUAUGCAUGUAUGGUGGCAUCAGAUGUCUUUUGAAAAUACUGUUUAAAGAAGAAAGUUGGGAAGAAGGAUGAGCACAAAGGGGGUAUUUAUAAUACAUGCAUUAAAAGAUAAUGGGUUUCUAGCAUUCCUUUUCAUCAGCUGCUUUCUUGACUCCUACUUGCUGAACAGAUUCCUUAAAUGUUUUCUUAUUACAGCUUGUAGAGACCUCCUUGAAAGGUGAAAUUGCCUUUGAUCCCAGAAGCGCCUACUACCUUUGGUUUGUGAUGGAUUUCUGUGAUGGAGGUGAUAUGAAUGAAUAUCUCCUGUCUCGAAAGCCUAGUCGUAAGACCAAUACUAGCUUUAUGCUUCAGCUCAGCAGUGCCCUGGCUUUUCUGCACAAAAACCAGAUCAUCCACCGUGACCUCAAGCCUGACAACAUCUUGAUCUCUCAAUCCAGGAUGGAUGCUAGUGACUUGGAGCCCACUUUGAAAGUAGCUGAUUUUGGACUGAGUAAGGUUUGUUCAGCUUCAGGACAGAACCCUGAAGAGCCAGUGAAUGUGAAUAAAUGUUUUCUUUCUACAGCUUGUGGCACAGACUUCUACAUGGCUCCUGAAGUUUGGGAAGGUCACUAUACUGCCAAAGCAGACAUCUUUGCAUUAGGGAUUAUAAUCUGGGCGAUGUUGGAAAGGAUCACUUUCAUCGACACAGAGACCAAGAAAGAACUGUUGGGGAGUUAUGUGAAACAAGGAACUGCAAUUGUACCUGUUGGAGAGGCAUUGUUGGAAAAUCCAAAAAUGGAGCUACUCAUUCCUGUUAAGAAAAAGACAAUGAAUGCUCGUAUGAAGCAGCUGAUUAAGGAAAUGCUUGCUGCUAAUCCACAGGAUCGCCCAGAUGCUUUUGAGUUGGAACUCCGGUUAGUUAAAAUUGCUUUUAAAGACAGCAAUUGGGACACGUGACCUCUGUAGUACUUUGAACUCUUGUCAGGAUUGUGUCUGUAACAAUAGGGCAGCACUCUGUGGAAGCAAAAAACAGACUUAACCCAAAAUUUAAGGUGUCAGGGUUCAAUAUUUCCCCCCAUUGCAUUUCUCUUGAUUUUUGUAAACAAAGCUCAAGGUGGCUGUUCUUGUUUCAGAACCAUAUAUGUAUAUUUCCAAGCUGCAGCUGUAAUGCUAUCCACAUGGCCAGGAAACUUGACAUUUUAGGAGGUGAUUGCUUUCUAGGAAUAUUUCAGACAUUCCAGUUUCAUACUGCAGAAUUUGGAAUGCCCAUUGAAGAGAAGGUUUGCAUGCUGGUAAUGCAAAUUAUUCAACUUUGUAGAGUAAGCAUGUAUAUAUUUAUGUCUGUAUGAGUGACUUGACUUCCCCAUCUUUCGAAAAUGUCCCCAUUAUUUAUAUUGUCUCGUAUUGAAUUGGGUGACUAUAGAUCAUCCGUAAAUUCCACAUCAUAGAUAUUCUCCACUUUUUUUUUAAGAAAAAAAAGUUGAUGGCACAAAAUAUGAUAAAACAAAUAUGAUGCAAAGGGAACCUCUGGUUCUAGCACUAAGCUACUGUUGGGCAAAUCUCUUAGUUUGGAAGGCUGCAAUAGGUAGUCUGAUGGCACUUCUUAGUUCAUUGAGCAUUCAGGUUCAUUUUUUUUGAGGUAAAGGAAGUCUUGUGCUAAAUCUCUCUCUAGCUCCUCCCCCCAUCCUUUGCAUUUGACAUCCAGCGUUACCUUUAAUGCAUUGUGUCUCUUUUUAUCAAUUUUUUAUUUUAUUUUAUUUUUUACAAAUGUAGAUCAUGGGGAACAGAAAAACCUCCCAAAUUCUGCUGAAAACUUUGCAAAUGAGAAAAAGGUUCCCAUAUUUUGUUUCCGCCCUGGCUUUUAGAGGCCAGUCAUGCUAGCUACUCCCUCCCUUCUUAGCAGAGGUUCUUUUGGUCGCUCCUUAGCGGUGGUCUUGAUGAUGGGAUAUUUGUAUUGUUCACUUAUUUUGUGCAAGAAGGACUCUGAAAGCUUAGUGUACCAUUGAACUAUCCAGAUUCUUUCUUGCUAGAAAACGUUGCCCGUUUGGGUGGGGUGGGCAUUGUUCUCUGCACAAAGUAAUAGUGAUUAUUCUGUUGCUCUCAUGUGAAAGGCACUUUUUUAUGACUUUUGGGUAGUAGAUGCAGAACAUUUGGCACAACCCAGCCAGCUCCAUCCAUGCAUAGAGAGCAGAGUCAAGAAGUGACUCAACCAAAGGCUAAUCUAAACCCUUCCUCCAUCACCUUUGUGCUUCCUCACUACUGUCUCUGUGUGCACCACAUUACAUCUGAAGCCUUUACUCUGCAAGAAAGCCCUUCCCUUUCUUGACUGCUACUCUGAAGUUUUCAGCAACCUUGAUUCUCCCCCUGUGGUUUUUGGGGGUACGCAGGCUACUCUGCCCAUGGCUUUCCACGCACGGGGUAAACAAAAGUUCCACGUUAUGUUGUUUUGCAUUAAUAUACAGGACUUGAUAGCAGACAGGAAUAAAUACCUUGAUUUCAUGAGUAAAUAGAACUUCCACAGGGAAAACUGGCAUAGUGUGUGUGUUGAUUUCAUUGGGGAAAAUAACUGUAUUGUCUCAGUUGAAAUAGUCUUGAUGCCAUCAGCUACAACCUGGAAAUUGGAGUGUGAAUUGACCUUCCCCCCCCUCAUGAAAGGCACUGGAGCAGAUUAUAUCUUGCCUAAAAUAACUGAGGAAAUGUCAUUCCAAUGAUCUUGGAUUUCACAGAGACAAACUUCAGGAGAAUAUCAACUUGUAUCACUUGACAUAUAUCCGUCUGCCCAGCUUUCAGUGUGAUGCUAUAGUAUAUUUUGUCAACUGAGGAUCCUAUCGAUGUCUGUUCUUUGAAUGCAAAGGUAAUACACAAGCCAGAUUUCUUCUCUGCAGUUACAAUGUAAAUGUUCAGAGGCGGAAAAAACUCUUUAAAGCACCACCUGUGCCUUUAGAGACAAGAUUAUAUUGCAGGUAGGAAAGCACUCCUGCAAUUUUAUCCAUCAACAAAUUUCCUUUAAAAAUGUGUCAAACAAAAAGAGCACGACUUGCAGGAGUUUGGCAGUCUUUUCUUUGAGGACUGGAAAAGCAGGAACUCUCAGUCAUGUACGUCCUAACUAGUCUGAUUACUGUGUACAAUUUCUUGGCACUUGCAAAUCCUCAGCAAAUCCAGAUUCUGGAUACAUUAUUGCAUGUGCUUCAUAGACACAGUGCAGUAUCUAGUAAUAGAGCAAGUUAUAUUUAUCGUACAGUAAAACUGUUAAUGCCCAAAUGCACUGCUACUUCUUAAAAGAGUUGGGGAGGCCUCACCAGGUCACCUCCUUUCAUGGUGCUUAGCCCCUUGGCAUUGAAUGCUAACUUGAUUGUUCAUUAAUUAUCCACUGAAAAAUUGUCCCUGAGAUCUGUGUGUGUGAUUUUUGUUGUUGUUGCUUGUGUUUGCUUUGGGUUCUUGUAAAAUCUCCAAAAUCAAAACUAUUGUAGCAGCUACAAAACAAUUCACCAGCGUAACAAAGAAGUUGAGAUACUCAUCAGCACUUCAGAAAGAAAGCAAACUUUCAAAGCUUUUCCUUAAAAAUUGUAAACUCUAUUUUGUGAAAAAAUUAUUAAAAAAGGGUGGAAGGAGAAAUGAUUGUGUAAUUUAUUGAGUUCGUGACUUUAAAAAGAAAUAAAGUCUGAAUUGAAAGAAAUUGUGUUUGAUAUGCUUCUUUUGUGCUAAAUUUAUUUCCAUGAACUAUCCCGCUUUCUCGUGACACAAAAUUAGCAUUGGGACCAACACAUGGUGGCCUUGGGGUGUGAUAGUGGUGGCUUUGUUAUGUAGCAAAGGUGGGAGAACCUCAGGCCCAGGGGCCAAGGCACUCCUCCUUGGUUUUUUUUAUUGGUUCUGCUUCAUACCCUGAGGGUUUUUGUCUGUCUGGAAUGUGUCUUUGAACUCUGAUAAUGCCUCUUGUUUGUCUAGGCAGAGGAUAGAUAAGAGUGUGUGAAUGUGGUAGAAACUAGCCCAUGGGACAAAGAUAAACUUUCCACCGUUUUUUUCUGCCUGUUUUUGCAUCUGGCCCCUCCCACUGUUGGCAUGUGAUUCCCCACCCCCAGAUGGUUGCCUGGAAGCCUGAAAAUAGUUCCUAACCCCUGAAAUGUUCAGUUUCUUGUAUGUAGAGUGCAGGGAGCUCUGUUUGAGCAAACCCUGUUGUGUACUAGUAUUACUAUUUCUAGAGGCAGCUUGACAGAGGCAAUUGAGAGCUGUCCCAAGUGGCUGGUUUUGGGUGCCAAUAAGGGCAGCAGAGUAGGGGAAACAGAUCUGCCCCAUGAGAUGUAACCCACGUGCAACUUCUGCACAUGCUUCACUGAAAUCUCCAUGCGGAAACAUUGUUAUUGAUAGGGAACACUGAUGAGCCACCCUAUAAAUACUUGUUCUUCAGGUAACGCUAUCCCUGUUCAAGCACCAACAAGUAUGUUACUUAAUAUACAUUGUUCGUUCUGGUUGCCCAAUCAGGUUUAGCCAGAGAAAUGCAACCUUUGCGGAUAAGAGCUUUGCAGUGCUCCUCAAGCUUUGACCUGGAGUGUCUCUUAUUGGUGUCCAAGAAAUGACCUGUGUCUGGUACAAUAAGGAGAUCUGGUCGUUAUAAUUCCCAUCCUCCCCAGUGCUGUUUUCCCAAUUUCAAAUGCCUCUUCCAAGCUUUAGUGUACAGUCGCACCUUGGAAGUUGAACGGAAUCCGUUUCAGAAGUCCGUUCGACUUUUAAAACAUUUGAAAGCCCAAGUGCGGCUUCUGAUUGGCUGCAGGAAGCUCCUGCAGCCAAUCAGAAGCCCCAUCGGACGUUUGGCUUCCAGAAAUCAUUCGAAAAGUGGAACAGUCACGUCCGGGUUUGAGUUGUUUGGGAACCAAAACGUUUGGGAACUAAGCUGUUUGACUUCCAAGGUAUGACCGUAGUGGCAUUCUGCAUGUUUCCUACUCUGAGC